AUGGCCUCGUCUUGGUCAUCCUCGAUAUGGUCUUCUUCGGCUGCAUCGUCCGCCUCUUCGCAACCUAGUGACGAGGUAAUCCUUCGCCUGCUACGUCUGGUCACCACUUCGUCCGAUCUUAAAUCCUGCUCGCUCGUCUCCCGCCGAUGGCUCCGCCUUCACGGGCAGAUAAAAACUUCUCUCAAGCUCUACGAUUGGACCAUGCUCGAGUCGGGCCGCCUGGCGGAACGUUUUCCAAACCUGACGGAGCUCGACCUCUCCCCAGCCUGGUGCAACUCUUCCGAUCCUGAGGUGUUCGGUUCGGCAGCCGUGUACAUGACACGUGGCUCGUGCACGAUGCGGCUCGACCCGGACGUAGUUAAUCCGUUCGAAGCGGACCACAGACUAGAGGAGCAGAGCCCGUCUCCUGACAGUUUCGACCGUGGAUUGCGGGAGUUAGUUCAGAGCUACCCUAACCUACAGCGGCUGUGUUUGGUGGACGUUUUCCGCGCUAAGAAGGGAUCCUACAACGCGGAUAAGGACGCGGCGGGGUUUUUGGGCCACUCGCACUAUCGGGCAGAACCAGUUGGUGACUCUAUCGGGGCUGACUCUAACGAAGCACGCACGCAGAGGAACGGUACAGUGAUUUUGGAUAGCAUAAUUGCAGCUAGGGCUCGUUAUGACGACGAUUAUACUGACCGCGAUUCCGAAGGCCUCGAUAUUAUCGCGGAGGGGUGUAGCAUUCUACAGGAAUUGGAGCUUCGGCAGUGUACAGAUGAUUCGUUACAAGCAGUUUCCGGGUGUAAAAAUCUGCAGGUCGUGCGAUUAGUGGGGGCAGUUCCGGGAUUUUAUCACGCGACUUUCACUGACCGCGGGUUACGAACCCUUGCAAGGGGAUGCAAGCGAAUAGUGGAGCUGUCUCUAAAGGGGUGCGAAGUUGGGCGGGCUGGUUUGUUUGUAGUGGCUCGGGAAUGCCCUAUGCUAUCAGAUCUGACUCUAUCCGGGAGAUAUUUUCGCCCGGAUUGGCUCGGCGCGCUCUGCUUCUGUCCGAACCUGCAGACGCUCAGGCUCGAGAAUUUCCACCAAUCAGAGCCCGAACAGUGUGCAGCAGCCGUUGGAUGGGCGGGAGGGGUGCGGCAGGAGGUGGGAGUGGGCGGGCAGCAGAACGGGCAGGAGGAAGAAGAAGGGGAGGGGAAGGAUGAGGAGGGAGGGGAGGAGGAGGAAGAGGGAAUAGCGGAAGGGGAGGAAGGGGGUGAAGAAGAAGGGGGAGAAGGGGGAGAAAAGGGAGAAGGGACGGAAGGAGAGGAGCAAAAGGAGGAAGGGGAGGGGGAGGGGGGUGAGGAGGAGGAGGAGAACACGGAGCGUGCGGAUUGGGCUGGAAAGCUCUUGGAAAGUGAGAUGUCUGAUGCCUCUCUCUCCCCCUCCCGUCGCUUCCUAGCCACCGUCAAAGCCGCAGUUCACCGCUCUAAAACCCCCAGAACCGGUCCGGGCAGCACCAGCACUCCUGCCACGCCCAGUCGCGUCAAAGCGAGCCCCAGACCUCCCCAGCCCCCCCCAGGAUUUCUUUCCCCAGUGGAAACCCUACAGCUGAUCCACUGUGACUUGCGCUCACGCCCGUUCUUCCUCGCGCUUCUUGCAGUCUGCGCCAAUUCCACCGCUCUGCACCUUCGCAACUGCUGCGGUUUGGACGACUCCUCCCUCGUUGGAAUCUCGGUCGCCAUGAACCGUCGGAUCGGCCAGCUGGCGAUCGAAGGGUGUCCGUUGAUCACGAUGAAAUCGCUAGAAGCGGUGGUGCUGGCGCUGCCGGGGUUGAGGCAGUUGGUUGUGGGGGACUGUGGGGGAGUGAGGGAUGAGGAGAUGGGAGGGGAGUUUGCGGAUCGGAUUUUCACGUUGAAGGAACUUAAAUGGCAGCCGUCAGGAGGGAGGUUGGCAGGGACUGGGCUGUUUGAAAAGGGCAGGUGGUUGGUGCAGGGGGGGUGA